CACGGCAACUCCCAACUAAUGCGAUAAUACCAAUUCUUGCUAAUUAAGCCAAACGAAGCUGUUUUUUGUUAAAAAGCUGAGCUCUGGUUAGAGACUCGCUCCAGAAGCUUUAGAUGGCGGGUGGAUCGGAGUUUGAUCCUGCGCUUGUCUUCUCUCAUAAGUUUCCUGAGACGACAUACUCCUAUACUGAAAGAGAUGCAGCACUUUAUGCGUUAGGCGUCGGAACAUGUGCUUGGGAUGCCGUGGAUGCCGAUGAGCUUAAAUUUGUUUACCAUGAAGAUGGUCAGAAGUAUAUCAAGGUCUUGCCUACUUUUGCUGCUCUUUUUUCACUUGGAACAGUGCCAAGUGCUGGUCUCCCUGGCCUGCAAUAUGAUCCACGCCUUCUGCUGCACGGACAACAAUACAUAGAAUUGUACAAGCCACUUCCUUCCAGCGGUCAUAUACUCAAUAAACCCAGUCUUGCUGGACUACAUGAUAAAGGCAAAGCAGCAAUAUUGGAGAUUGAAACAAAAAGUUAUGAUAAAGAGUCUGGUGAUUUAUUAUGCAUGAACAGGAUGACUGCUUUCCUACGUGGUGCUGGGGGCUUCUCAAAGUCAUCUAACCUAUUUUCUUACUCAAAUUACCCAGCCAACCAGGUUUCAGUCGUGAAAUUUCCAGAAAGUCAACCUUUUUCAGUAUUUGAAGAUCGUGCCAGCCCAUCUCAGGCAUUGCUAUAUAGACUAUGUGGUGAUUACAAUCCGCUGCAUUCAGAUCCCAAAAUUGCAAAGGUUGCGGGAUUCUCACAGCCAAUAUUGCAUGGGCUGUGCACGCUGGGCUUUGCUGUUAGGGCAAUCGUCAAAUGCAUAUGUAGAGGAGAUUCGGAGAGGAUAAAAAGCAUAGCAGGCCGUUUUCUUCUGCAUGUGUACCCUGGUGAAACUUUAUUUACUGAAAUGUGGCUUGAAGGCUUGAGAUCUGAGGUGGUGUUCGAAAACGGAAAUUGCAGGGUUAUAUAUCGGACAAAGGUGAAAGAGCGGAAGCGUACAGUCCUUUCUGGCUAUGUUGAUCUUAAUGGUUUGACUUCGUUGCUGUAAAGGACUUUUAUUGCGUGCGAGGAAGGCGCUCGUAAUAAUUUAUUCUCAAGGCUUGCCAUUGACAGUCGAAGAUGUAUCCAACAUUUCAAUUAUCAAGAAGGCCUCGCUAUGACUAUCACCGACAACGGCAAAAAUGGACCGAGCUAGUGAUGACCCCGGUAUAUCCAGCUUUCGAGUGAUUUUAUUCUUCUUAGUCAAAGAAACUUAAUUGGAAUCAAUGUUAAGAAAAUUGACUGGAUAUUGAACUACUUGAAACAUUGGUUCAUGAUUCCAGAGCCGGGAUCCGAUCAUGAAUAAAUGGAUGUACUUUAAAUAGUA